CACGGGGAACAUAACUGGGCCAAAUUUUUCAACGAUCUAUGGCCUUAUGCAGUGUACUCCUGACUUACCGGAGCAAGCAUGUAGUGAUUGUUUGGAGGCUGCAGUUAAUCGGAUCCCAAAUACUAAUCUUUAUGGGAAAGACGGUGGGAGAAUUCUCCAAUCUACGUGUAAUUUUAGGUAUGAGAUAUAUGAAUUUUUCAACAAAACUACUCAGGGCAUCCCCCCACCACCACCAGGUAAAAAGAAACAGACAACAAGAACUGUGAUAAUAGUAAUUGUUACUCUGACAAUUGUUGCUAUAAUAACUACUUCGGUGUGUAUCUAUAUGAGAUUCAAGAAUAAGAAAAGGCAAACUUCCUCGUCGUCCCCCCCUUACGAAAGUAUUCAGACCGCAGCUAUGGACAUAGGCUCUAGUGAAUCAUUGCAGUACAAUUUUAGUAUAAUUAAAGCAGCAACUAAUGACUUUUCUGAAGACAAUAAGCUCGGAAGUGGUGGAUUUGGAGCUGUUUACAAGGGUAAGCUUAUAGAUGGAACUGAAGUAGCAGUAAAGAGGCUAGCAGGGAAUUCUCAGCAAGGUGACACAGAAUUCAAGAAUGAGGUCUUACUAGUUUUGAAGCUUCAACAUCGUAAUUUGGUUAGGCUCCUUGGUUUCAGCAUAGAAGGAAAGGAACGGCUUCUCAUUUAUGAGUUCUUGCCUAAUGCAAGCCUUGAUCAAUUUGUAUUUGACCAAACUAAACGUAUACUUCUUGAUUGGGAAACGCGAUACAAUAUCAUCAAGGGCAUUGCGAAGGGAUUAUUAUACCUUCAUGAAGAUUCUCGUCUAACGAUAAUUCAUCGUGAUAUGAAAGCGAGUAAUGUUCUUCUAGAUGCAGAAAUGAACCCUAAAAUUGCUGACUUUGGUAUGGCAAGAUUGUUUAAACCCGAGGAAACUCAAGGAGACACAAGUCGGAUUGUUGGAACAUAUGGCUAUAUGGCACCCGAAUAUGUCCGACAUGGCCAUUUCUCAGUAAAGUCAGACGUCUUUAGCUUCGGAGUGUUGGUAUUAGAGAUGGUAACGGGUCAACAAAACCAACAUUUUCAGCAUGGAGAUAGUCUAGAAGAUCUUCUUAGCUUUGCAUGGAAAAGUUGGCGGAAUGGUACACCAUCAGAUAUCAUAGAUCCUACCUUGAAGAUUGGACCAAGUCUACGUGACAUCAUCAGAACUAUACAUGUUGGAUUAUUAUGUGUUCAAGAAAAUGUCAUCAAUAGGCCAACCAUGGCUUCUAUUGUUCAUAUGUUGCAUAGCUUCUCGGUCACACUUUCCGUGCCCUCAGAGCCUGCAUUUUUUGAUUCUUCAAUGAAAACAAGCCGUAUAGAGAAUCCUACAACAAUAGAAUCUAUAAAUGAAGUUACGAUAUCUAAUUUUAUUCCUAGAUAGAUAGUUAUUUUGAAUGAAUAUGAUGUAUAUUUUCUUGGCUUUCUUUAAGUAAUACUAUUUGAUUUCGUUCAUAGCUC